AUCUUCUUGACAACCUAUUCUCACUGGCUUCAUUUCAAAUUGCAACCUGAUGCCACCUUCAGAUGCUUGGUAAUUUUUUGGCCUUCUGCCUGGAUCUUUCCGGUGAGAAUUCACGUGAUUUGGCGACUUAGACUCUUCGGUGCGACGCGAGUGGUCACGACACUGCAGUUCUAAGCGCGUCAUGUACCGGAUCGCUGGAAGCAAUAAGGCAGAAAAAUAAAGAACCGAAGGUCGUCCACCAUAUUGAUCUCCCAGAUAAUGAAUGUCUCUUGGAUGCUUCAAAGAUGAUCAUCCUCGCCAAAACUCGACACGACGCUCAAGAUGGAGGUGUUCCGCGUCCGACUGAAUUGCAUCGACCACUACCAAGCCACGCCAACCCAAUAUGACCCUCCGCUGCGACGGGACUUUCGCUUUUCGCAGCUUGCAAAGCAGCCCAAGGUCCCCGUCAUUCGCGUGUUUGGAUCGACUGAAACGGGCCAAAAGGUGUGCGCUCACGUCCAUGGCGCCUUCCCCUACCUCUAUGUCGAAUAUCGAGGACCAUUGGACAAGGCUACAGUCUCCGAGUACAUUCUCAGGUUGCACCUGUCCAUUGAUAGUGCCCUCGCUGUCAGUUACCGUAGGGACGACAAGCCACGCGAGCAGCGAAGCUUUGUUGCCCGCAUCACCCUUGUCAAGGGCGUGCCGUUCUAUGGCUUCUACGUUGGGUACCGGUUCUACUUGAAGAUCUACAUGCUAAAUCCAGUCGUCAUGACCCGCCUGGCCGAUAUCCUCCAGCAGGGCCUCAUCAUGGGCCGCAAAUUCCAGCCCUACGAGGCCCACUUGCAGUAUCUCCUGCAGUUCAUGACCGACUAUAACUUGUACGGCUGUGACUACAUUGACGCUGCAAAAGUCAGAUUUCGCGGCCCCGUCCCAGACCCUGCAGCCCCCGAGGAUCCCCCGCUUCUCUGGGACAGCAACACUAUCCCACCAGGCCUUAUCACCGACGACCAUAGCCUUCCCCGCGCCAGCCACUGCUCUAUCGAGGUUGAUAUCUGCGUUCAGGAUAUCCUCAAUCGCAAAGCUGUGAAGGAACGACGCCUCCACCACGAUUUUAUCGAACGGGAGCAUCCUAUCCCAACUGGUAUGAAGCUCGUACACAGCAUGGCUGGUCUAUGGGCGGAUGAGACAAGACGUAGAAAGAAGCUGAUGGGCAGAUUGAAACCCGGCGGCAGCCCCUUUCCUCCUGAGGCUUUGGUUUCCAUGUCUGCGGAUCCUCGCCAUUCCCAACCGCCGGGUUGGAUUCACGAAGACGAAUACCGCCAACAAAUUGAUCAACUGAUCGAAAUGGAAAGCGGACAGGAUCAUAACCAGCUCGAUUUCACCAACUACAUCGAACCUCACCCAUUUGAGGAAACCGUCCAGACAGCAAUCCAGUCCGUUGAGGACUUGUUUCCACAGAAUCUUCUGCCUGCUCUGGGUAUCGAACAAAAGCUGCUUCAACGGCAUCCAGAAGUGACCAGCAGCAUUCAAGUUGAUGAAAAGGGGAUCCGUGAGCUUGAAGUCGCCCAAGAUGAUAACCAACCCCUUUUGGACGAGGACUCGGAUGAAGACAUCGCGGAGGAGGAACAGCAUGCUGAAGGAGCUGCGGUGUUGGACCAGCAUAAGGGUUUUGCAAGUCAUGGAACUGUUUCCGCAGGACAUGACGGCGUGCAUGCCGCUAAAGCUCAUGAAUCUGCCAAGGCAUCAGACGGUCAACAGCCGGGGGUUGUUGCGGAUCUGAAGAGGAGCGUUAGCGGCUUGAGCGGUGGUUUCAAUAUUAGCGGACUGCGUUCCGGGAAGCGCCCAUGUAUUCCGUUAUCUAGUGAGCUUGUUGCUGAGGCGGUGAAGCUGGAGUUGACCGGCAGGGACGACAACCUCGAGACAUCGGACACGGCUAGACUGGGUGAUCGAAAACACCGUCCCUCGGACUUAGAAGAUUGCGAACCACCCAAGCGAUUGAAGGUUGACGACCUGGAAGCAGCUGAGCCAUCUUCUUGUGGCAAUGCUAUCCCUACAUGUGAAGAAUCUCAAGCAUUGGGUGGGCCGAAGCCCGAGGGACGAGAUGGCACGCCGUUCAAGCUGUCUCGGCCGUCUCAGCCGAGCAGGUCUACUCUGAAAGGAAGCUCAGGGAAACCGCUUGGGAACAAGAAGCUCAAUUUCCCAGUGGUCAAAGAUCCUCACGACCCAGACACAGUCCUGCGGCUCAGCCAAGGUACCUCACAGCAGAGCGACGAUGCGGCAACAAAGAAACAUGUAUCUUUCGGGCCCCUGGUAUCAGUUCAGGAAAAUAGCCCCGAGGAUCCUUCAAUUGGGAUAUCGCGAUCUCCCCACGAGUCACCUGUCGUACCGUCGAGGCCGCAACUCUUGUGGACUGGCUCGACCACCAUGUUCUUCAUCGGCAACGGACCGCCCUCCGCAACAGAGGUAUGCUCGACAAUGCAGUCCUAUGGUUUACCUGAUGUUAUCUAUCAGGACGCCUUUUACAGCAAUGACAACGAUGUACCGCCACGGCCACGGGAGUAUGCAGGCAGGGAAUACCGAUUAGAUGGCAAUACCAUACCAUAUCUGCCAGUAUUCGACCCAACCGGCCAGUCUCCGGCUACGUUCGGUGUAAAACCGGAAUCAGGCCCCGAUCUAGCCGAGAUGGAGUUGGCCUAUCGGAAGCAACAGAGUCGGUGCACUUUGAGAAGCUGGGAAAUAGCUGAGCCGCCUCCUACGCUUGCGGAAGUAAAGGGGUGGUGGGCUGAGAAGAAGAAGAGAAGAAACCAGCGGGGACUUAGCUGCACCCGGCCCCAGCCUUUGACUCAACUGGGAAAGCCUGAACUCUCUCAGAUCGUCGGGGCAACACCAAAGAACGCUCAUGGCUUCAAGUAUUCACAAAGACAAAAGUCUACUAGCAUCCAGCACGAGGCCCAGUAUAUGAGCACCAUGAGUCUCGAGGUUCACGUCAAUAGCAGAGGGAAACUGGUUCCAAACCCUGAAGAAGAUGAGGUUCAAUGCAUAUUUUGGUGUCUGAGAUCUGACGAGCUGUAUCUCUACGGCAGCCAAGUCCCAGACAGUACCAUGUCUGGAAUCAUCGUUCUUUCCAGGGACGGCUCACUCGCUGAGAAGAUCCGCAAACAGACGACUGUCGAGGUAGUGGAAGAGUCCUCCGAGCUUGACGUCAUGGUCAGAAUGGUGGAGAUCGUGCGGGCUCAUGAUCCAGAUAUCCUCACGGGAUAUGAGGUCCACGGCAGCUCCUGGGGUUACCUCAUUGAGCGCGCAAUGCGCAAAUAUGAAUACAACCUGUGCAACGAGUUCUCUCGCGUCAAGAUGGCGUCUAGUGGCAAGUUUGGCAGGGAAGACGACCGAUGGGGCUUCAAUACGACGUCCAUGAUCCAAGUGACUGGCAGACACAUGAUCAAUAUAUGGAGAGCUAUGCGAGGUGAACUCAACCUGCUCCAGUACACUAUGGAGAACGUCGUGUGGCAUCUCCUCCACCGCCGUAUACCGCAUUACUCCUGGCGGACCUUGACGGACUGGUAUACGAGCGGACGGCCGAGAGAUCUCGGCAAAGUGCUCCGCUACUACCUCAAAAGAACGCGCAUGGACAUUGAAAUACUGGAAGCCAACGAGCUUAUCCCCCGAACAAGCGAGCAAGCGAGGCUUUUAGGCGUGGAUUUCUUCUCGGUCUUUUCCAGAGGUUCUCAGUUCAAGGUCGAGUCGAUCAUGUUCCGGAUUGCGAAACCUGAGAAUUUUCUUCUAGUCUCACCCAGCAGGAAGCAGGUCGGUGCGCAGAAUGCCUUGGAGUGCCUUCCUCUGGUGAUGGAACCACAGAGUGCAUUUUAUCCUAGCCCCUUACUGGUCUUGGACUUUCAAAGUCUGUACCCCAGCGUCAUGAUUGCAUACAACUACUGCUAUUCGACAUUCCUUGGACGCAUUGUCAACUGGCGGGGAACGAACAAGAUGGGCUUCACCGAAUACAAGAGAAGAGAGGGUUUACUACGGCUCCUAAAGGACCAUAUCAACAUCGCCCCGAACGGAAUGAUGUAUGCAAAGGCUGAGAUCCGAAAGUCGCUCCUUGCGAAGAUGCUGACCGAAAUUCUCGAAACGCGAGUCAUGGUCAAGAGCGGCAUGAAGCAGGACAAAGACGAUCGAACCCUGCAAAAGGUUCUCAACAAUCGGCAGCUCGCGCUGAAGCUGCUGGCCAAUGUCACCUACGGGUACACGUCGGCCUCCUUCUCUGGCAGAAUGCCCUGCUCCGAGAUCGCCGACAGCAUCGUGCAGACCGGCCGCGAGACACUCGAACGAGCCAUUGCCUACAUACACUCCGUCGAGCGGUGGGGUGCUGAGGUUGUUUAUGGCGACACCGACAGUCUGUUUGUUUACCUCAAGGGGCGGACACGCGAGCAGGCCUUUGAAAUCGGUGCCGAGAUUGCCAAGGAGAUUACCGACAUGAAUCCACGUCCAGUGAAGCUCAAGUUCGAGAAGGUGUACCACCCAUGCGUUCUCCUUGCCAAGAAGCGCUACGUCGGUUACAAGUACGAAAGCCGAGACCAGACGGUGCCCGAGUUCGACGCCAAGGGCAUUGAAACAGUCCGGCGUGACGGCACGCCGGCAGAACAGAAGAUUGAGGAGAAGGCGCUCAAGAUCCUGUUCGAGACGGCUGACCUCAGCCAAGUUAAACAGUACUUUCAGUCCCAGUGUUCAAAAAUCAUGCGCGGUUUGGUCUCGGUGCAGGACUUUUGCUUCGCAAGGGAGGUCAAACUCGGCACGUACAGCAACAAAGGCCCAGGACCGGCCGGGGCCCUCAUCAGCACGAAGCGCAUGCUUGAAGACGCCCGGGCCGAGCCGCAGUACGGUGAGCGUGUGCCAUACGUGGUCAUCUCGGGCGCGCCAGGGGCGCGGCUAAUCGACCGGUGCGUCGCCCCAGACGACCUGCUCAAUAGUCCGCACGCGUCCCUCGACGCUGAGUACUACAUUUCCAAGAACAUCAUCCCCCCGCUUGAGCGCAUCUUCAACCUCGUGGGCGCCAACGUCCGCGCAUGGUACGACGAGCUGCCCAAGGUCCAACACAUCCGCCGCCUGGACACCACCACCGGCGGUUUGUCCGCAGCAGCGCUUGGCAACAACGCUGCCGCCGAGAACAUCAACAACGGAAACGGAAACGGCAACAGCAAGAAAACGCUCGAGUGGUUCAUGAACUCCACGUCAUGCAUAGCCUGCGGCGUCAAGAUGGCCAAGUCGGACGACAACAACAACAAUGGGGAGAGGCUCCCCAUCUGCGGACGCUGCGCCGCCGACGCGCCCGCGACCAUGGUGUUGCUCCAAGCGAGGCUCAACGCCGAGCGGCGUAGGUAUGCUGAUGUCAUGAAGGUGUGCCAGACUUGUGCCGGGCUGGCGCCGCUUGAGGAAGUGCCCUGCGACAGCAAGGACUGUCCUGUGUUUUACACGCGUGUGAAGCAGGGGACUUUGGUCAGGACUGAGAGGGCGGUCGUUGAGCCGAUUGUUAGGAAAUUAGCGGGGAGGGUUGACAAUGGGAAAGGGGAUGGAAGGGGGAGUGGGAGAGGUGCCCCUGGGCGGUUGGAUUGGUGAUUGUUACUCCUGGUCAUGUUAGGUUGUGAUGAUGAUGGUCAUGGAUUAUGGAUUAUGAUGACGGCUGGUGGUGGUGAUCGUGAUAGGGAUGGGGUUUCGGGUGUGCAUUCAGGAUGGUAUGGUGUGUUCAAGCAUUGGAAUGAGGCAUAUGAGAUAAGUGCAUGAAUGAUGGGUUGUAUAGCACUUCAUGGCCGGUGUUUGUGGGGCGGACGGAUAUAACUGUUACACUUUGUUCAUCCUGAUCCUGUCACAGAUGGUUGUGAGGGCUUGUACGGAUACGACGAUCGGUGUUGUGUAUGGAGAAGGAUACUUGCUCAAUCGAGGGUGUCUACGAGGUCGGGUCACUGCGUCCACCUGAGUCGUUGACUUAACCUUGAG